AUGGCCUCUCAAGGAGGAGAUAUUACAACGGUGAAGUAUGUUCUCUCACAAAACAUCGCGGACAUCAACAGGGGAGGAAAGCACCAGAGGACACCUGUACUGAUGGCGGCAUACUACGGAAAUAUAGAAGUGUUUGACUUUCUUGUGAGUAAAGGAGGUGAUGUUUCCUCAGUAGAUGAUAAAGGUGACACUAUCCUUCAUGUGGCCUGUAAAGGAGGACACGUUGAAAUGGUAAAGCAUGUCCUCUCAAAAGACAUCGUGGACAUCAACUGUAGAGGAAGAUACGGGAUGCCACCUGUAUUGGAAGCGGCAUACUACGGGCAUAAAGAAGUGUUUGACUUACUUGUGGGUAAAGGAGGUGAUGUUUCCUCAGUAGAUGAUACAGGUGACAAUAUCCUUCAUGCGGCCUGUGAAGGAGGACACAUUGAAAUCGUAAAGUAUGUCCUCUCAAAAGACAUCGUGGACAUCAACAGUAGAGGAGGACAGAGGAUGACAUGUGUAAUGAAAGCGGCAUACUACGGGCAUAGAAAAGUGUUUGACUUACUUGCUGGUGCAGGAGGUGAUGUUCCACGGAAAGGUGUUAAUAGCACCAUUCGUGUGGCCUGUCGUGGUAGACAUUUGGACAUGGCAAAGUAUGUCCUCUCACAACACGGAGUGAACAUCAGCAGUAAGAGGUGUCGUAAAAAACUGUAA